GAAGCACAUCCGAUUUAAACUUGUGGAAGUACAACACGGAAAUCUUCCAUACAUCUUUGGUGAAAAAGUAAAAGCGUUUCAGCACCAUCAACUGCAUACGACUGAAGAUGAAGAUUACCGCUUUCAUGCUUCUCCUCAUCAGUUCAGUGGCCUCUAUCAACCUCAGAUACAUCUCCAAGAGGAACUCAGUUGACGGCUGUAUAGACUGGUCGGUGGAUCUGAAGACAUAUCGUGUGUUGGCCGGAGAGCCAUUGAGGGUGAAAUGCGCUCUCUUCUACAGCUACAUCCGUACAAACUACAGCGUUGCACAAAAUGCAAAGCUGCGGCUCAUCUGGUACAGGAACAAGGGCGACUCUGAGGAGCCAAUCAUCUUCUCUGGUCACCGGCUCAGUAAGGAGGGAGAUUCCAUUUGGUUUCGCUCAGCUGAGAUGGAGGACAACGGAUUUUACACUUGUGUGCUCAGAAACUCGACGUACUGUAUGAAGGUGUCCAUGUCCCUGACGGUGGAAGAGAGUGAAGAGGGGCUCUGCUUCAGCAGUCGAAUACGUUACCUGGAGAGAGCAGAGAUCACCAAGAGUAAAAUGAUCACCUGCCCAGACAUUGACGACUAUCUCGCCCCAUACAAGCAGCCCAUCAUGACCUGGUACAAGGAGUGUCAGAGGAAAGACUGGAGAAGCUCCAUCAUCAUCAACACCACCAGUCUGUGGAUCCCAGAGGUGCAGGAAGAUGAUGGAGGAAACUAUACCUGUGAACUCAAGUAUGGCAGUAAAGUCGUCAGACGCACUACUGAACUCAAAGUCACAGCACUUCUCACGACCAGACCACCAAAAGUCUUGUUCCCAUCUGACAGACAGGCCAGUGUUAUAGAUGUACAGCUUGGCAUGCGUCUGAUCUUAGACUGUAAGGCGUUCUUCGGCUACAGCGGGGAUGCCAGACCCAUCAUCUACUGGAUGAAAGGAGAUAAGUUUGUAGAGGAGCUGGAGGGGCACAUAAGAGAGAGUGAAGUCAGGGUGGUGCGAGAAUUUCUGGCGGAGAAGGAGGUGGAGCUCUCUCUGAUGUUUGAUGCUGUGGAGGACACAGACAUGGGCAACUACACCUGUAAUGUGGAGAAUCACAUCGGCCGCAGUAGUGGAAGUGCCAUCCUACAGAAGAAAGAUGCGUACAGGUUGGAGCUCGUUGGUGGUUUGGGUGCCAUCAUGCUGUUAUUAGGGAUCUUCACAGGAAUCUAUAAAUGCUAUAAUGUGGAGAUCAUGCUGUGUUACAGACGACACUUCGGUAGCGAUGAGACAGAUGACGACAACAAGGAAUACGACGGCUACCUCUCUUACACCAAAGUGGAUUUAGAGUCAGUGGAGCAUGAGAUGAGCGAGGAGGAGCAGUUCGCUCUGGAGAUCUUACCUGAUGUCCUGGAGAAACAUUACGGAUAUAAACUCUUCAUCCCUCACCGUGACCUUAUUCCCAGUAGCACAUACAUUGAGGAUCUGGCACGGAGCAUGGAGCAGAGCAGGCGUCUUAUUAUCGUGUUGACCCCUGAGUUUGUGGCCCGCCGCGGUUGGAGCAUCUUCCAGUUUGAGCCGCGGCUGCACAACAUGCUGGUGACAGGCGAAAUCAAAGUGAUCAUAAUCGAAUGCUCCGACCUACGCAACGUUAUUAACUACCAGGAAAUAGAAGACCUCAAGCACACCAUUAGAGUGCUGUCUGUCAUUAAAUGGUGCGGCCCCAAAAGCAACCAACUCAAAUCCAAGUUAUGGAAGCAGGUGCUGUACGAAAUGCCCGCUAAGAAAAAAGAGUUGUUGUCUCGGCGGCAAGUGUUGGACUCGGGUGAGCAGGGGCUCUUCGGUGACCUGCAGGCCGUAUCAACGGUUGCCAUGACUGCGACCUCAGCAUCGUUGGCACCGGCUCAUGUUGAAAUACCAGACUAUAACGAGCCGGCCCACCUGCAAAUGCGACAUUUCUGCCGCAGCUACGAAUACGAGCUUCCCACCUCUGCCAUCGCCACGCUUAACAGCCACCACAUGUACUGCAAUUUACCCAUGACACUGAUGAAUGGACGGGUGAUGCACAACAACAUUGGAAAACCCAAGAAGGACAUUCACUUAAACAGCACAUUUGUACCGCUGUCCGGACAAGAACUUUCCAGUGAUAUCUGGUAGAACACCUCACAGCAAUCACUGGCAGGGUUGGGGACAAAUUCAGAAUUUAAGAAUUGGUUCCCUUUCAAUUCAUGAGUUGGAAUUUGAAUUGAACUGGCCACACACAACAGGAAGCUGAAUCAGAACGGAGGUCACACAAGCUGUGAAGAGUAGAAAAUAAAAAACAAACAUAAAAUUACCUAACUAAUUUUGACUAAUUGUGCUUAUUUAUUCUGUUAAUUAUGUCAUAUUUUUUCUCAACUGAUAUAUUUCUCUAAACUUAAUUUAAUAUGAUCAAAACAAUUAACACAGCCAUAAAACGGAAAUUAAUGUAUCAUUUAUAAUAUUGUAAAAAUAUUUUUACUUAUGAAUUAAAAACAAACAUUUAGUGGAAUUUCAUUGAUUAUUAAUAUCAGCUCAUGUUUUUUGGGAAUACUCCAUACAGUAUGUUGUGCGUGAUAACAUGUUAAUUGGAAAUUCAUAUUGAAAAAUGAAAUGUUUUAUUAUAAAUAGUUACACAGGUACUUUCUAUGUAUUUCUUUGAAUUCCAUUUUGAUUCUACUUCCUUAAAUUCAAAUUUGAUUGACAAUUCUGCAUCCUGUUUGCCAACUCUAUUCAAAUUCAGGAAUUUAUUUGGAAUUUGAAAGGCAUUCUCAAUUCAAUUCUGAAUAGCACGCAACCUGGCCGCCCACCGGGCCAAAUAGCUUUGCUGAUUUGAACUUUUUUCUUCCUUUUCAUUUGCAUGAUAUCAUCUAGUUAAGAGACAAUACAUAAUGACAUGAUAGUUUAUCUCUGUUUCUUCCUGUCUUUAACUACCUGUUAAAUGUUUUCAUACUUUGCUGAGACAGGCGAAGCACUACUGACAUUGUUUUUCUACUUGAAUUUCUUCUUUUUGGAGAUAUAAGUAAGAAAACACCUUGUAUUUCAUGCUCAAGGUAUUCAUACUAUGUACAGUUUCAUAAUGAUUUUUUUGAAACAGCCACAUCUUUGAGUGAACGCACAUUAAAUGUUUUAUUUCAGGAGAUCAGAUAAUGACUUUGGUUGUUGCAGCACAAUAAUGUAAAGACACGUCUGCGCUGAGCUUUAAACAAUAUUAUGUUCUAUUUAUGCAAAUAAAUAUUCUUCAAAUUUUAAUAAGCACACUGAGAUUGUUUGUAGCCAAUUAGGAGAAAGUAUUUAAAUAUUUGAUACAGCUUAUCAUUUGCCUUAUUUCCUGACAGCUCUGUUCUUUUCUGCCUCGAAAUUAUGUUUUGUUUGACGAUGUUUUCCCAGAGCUUGCUUUUUCAUAACAUUAGUUGUUUAUAUGUUGUGUUUGGUAUUUGAUUCAGUGCUGCUAGUGAUCAAUAUUUCACUUAGUUUUAUCAAAUACAUUCAUUUUAUUUAUCAUAUUUAUUAUAUUUUCAUUAGAUUUAUAUGCCAUGUUGCCCUCUCUUUCUCUUGUUUAAAGACAUUAAAGAUCACCCAAAUGUGAUUUAAUCUUGUAUCCUCAUGACUAGGAACCAUUUGACUCUUUAGAUAUGGUGAUGUAUGGGACUUGAAUGAAAAUGCUGAAGAGUAUAAUCUGUCUUUUAUUGAAUAUUCCCCAACUGAGCAGCUAGUCUGAUUCACAGGUUAUUGUUUUUGAAUGAGCAAAUAAUGUAUUUGUAAUAUACAUUGCAAAAUAACCUUUGUUUAUUAUCAGACCAUAAUAAUGAAUAAUACAUGAAUAAUUAAGUGUGAGAGAUGUCUUAUUAAUUUACAAUAAAAUA